UAUAACAUUGCUUCUCACUGUAAGGCAGAAAUUUAUAAAACCAUAUCAGAACCAUAUCCUUUUGUAAUUUCAAAGCUGCAGCCAUGGCUUCUCUUCUCACUCUCUCUUCAACUGCAACCUCAUCACUUCACCUCUCUGCUUCAUUCAAGGGAAAUGUGAGUAAUCUAAAGGCAAGCACAACCCAUUUUGCAUCAGUAAAAUUGAACCUGACCCAUAAAGACCAUUCAUCAAGAAAGCCACUAAUUGUGCUUAACCAAGCUUCAUCGUCAUCACCAAUUACUACUUCAAAUUCUGUGGCUAGUCCUAGGCUUAGGCUUGAUAAUCUUGGCCCCCAACCCGGGUCGAGAAAGAAAGCUAAGAGAAAGGGAAGAGGUCAUGCAGCUGGGCAAGGAGGGAGUUGUGGGUUUGGGAUGAGAGGUCAGAAAUCAAGGUCCGGGCCUGGAAUUAUGAGGGGUUUCGAAGGAGGGCAAAUGCCGCUUUAUCGGAGACUUCCCAAGUUGAGGGGUAUUGCCGGAGGUAUGCGUGCGGGGAUACCAAAAUAUCUUCCAGUGAACUUGAAACACAUAGCAGCUGCAGGAUUUCAAGAGGGGGAGGAGGUGUCACUGAAAUCACUAAAAAGUAAGGGUCUGAUCAACCCAUCGGGAAGAGAAAGGAGACUUCCGUUGAAGAUUCUAGGCGAUGGGGAGCUAACUGUGAAGCUGAAUUUCAAGGCCCGGGCAUUUUCCGCUGCAGCAAAGGAGAAGCUGGAAGCUGUUGGUUGUUCGUUGACCACCUUACCUGGCCGGAAGAAGUGGGUGAAGCCAUCAGUGUCUAAGAAUCUUGCCCGUGCUGAAGAAUACUUUGCAAAGAAAAGAGCUUCGCCUGAGUGGUCCGAACCUGCUUCUGCCUGAUCCACGCCAUUCGUUAACUCAUUAGUAUACAUUUUAAAAAGAGAUGUAAAGCAGCGAAUCCUUGACAUUUCAAGAAACUAUCUUUUUCUCCUAUAACUGUUAUAAAUAUGUAUUGCGUGUUUGUUUGCUUACCGAA